CACACCACACAUACACACACACACACCAUAUUUGCGAUCUGUCACCAUCUGUCACUUUCAAAGGGGAUGGGAAUGGUAUAUGUAACCUUGCCUAUUUUAGUUUUAGAUAACUGACGAAAGUUCACGUACGCUUAGAACAAAUGAUUAUUUUCUAAUCCGCCGCACGAAACUCGAAUGAUACUCGAAUGAUACGUGCGCGAGUAUCAAUCGUUACGAUCGCCUAAAUAAAUUAUAGUUGUUUAAUAUUAUACGAUUUUUCUAAAGCUUCUACAAAGAUGGAGCAGAUAAAGGUCCCUAAGGUAGAGAACGUGAGAAUGUUAGAUAAAUAUAGCAAUAAUCAUUCUAUUGGAACACUUUAUCUAACAGUGACACAUCUUAUCUUUGUUGAAAGAAGUGGCAAAAAAAAAAUAUGGGUACUAUAUACGCAUAUCUCUAAUAUAGAAAAACAGCCACUGACAACUACAGGAUCACCAUUGUAUAUAAAAUGCAAGCAUUUCUUCAUUGUCACGUUUGUUAUUCCGAAGGAACGCGAUUGCCAUGAGAUUUAUCUCACGUUAUUGAAAUUAUCUUGCCCAGCCAGUUUAGAAGAUCUAUAUUGUUUUAAUUAUCAAGAGAGUGAAGAUACUCUGCCUCAGCAUGCAGGGUGGAAUUUUUUUAAUGUACAAAGUGAAUUUCAACGUCAAGGUGUCCCGAAUGAAGAAUGGUCACUUUCAUAUUUAAAUACUAAUUAUGAACUUUGUGAUACUUAUCCAAAGUACUUAUAUGUUCCCAGUACAUCUACUAACAAUAUUUUAUUGGGUAGUGCAAAAUUUAGAAGCAGAGGAAGACUGCCAGUUUUAACGUACUUGCAUUCAAACAAGGCUGCUAUUUGCCGUUGCAGUCAACCACUCUCGGGAUUUAGUGCGAGAUGUCCAGAAGACGAGCAAAUGAUGUAUAAUAUAUUAUGCACAAAUCCUAAUUCCAGAUAUAUGUAUGUUGUUGAUACAAGACCACGUAUUAAUGCCUUUGCCAACAGAGCUGCAGGAAAGGGAUAUGAAAAUGAAAAUUUCUAUGACAAUAUCAAAUUUCAUUUUUUCGGGAUAGAGAAUAUUCAUGUAAUGAGAACAAGUUUAAAUAAACUUUUGGAUUUACAAAGAUCAACUUCCAUGAGUGCAUUCUUAAGCGGCCUAGAAAAUAGUGGUUGGUUAAAACAUAUUCGCUCUAUCCUGGAAACUGCUUGGUUCAUCGCACGAGCAGUUUCGAACGGUGUGAGCGUCGUCGUGCAUUGCAGUGAUGGAUGGGAUCGCACUGCGCAAGUGUGUUCUCUGGCUGCAUUACUGUUAGAUCCAUUUUACAGAACCAUUCAGGGCUUUCAAGCUUUAAUAGAAAAGGAUUGGCUGUCAUUUGGUCACAAAUUUAGUGAUCGUUGUGGCUACGUCAGUAGCGAUGGUAAAGAACUCGCACCAAUAUUUACACAAUUUAUAGAUGCAACAUACCAAUUACUACAGCAGUAUCCAUACAAAUUUCAGUUCAAUGAAUAUUUUCUUUUAACGUUACACGAUCAUGUACAUAGUUGUCAAUAUGGCACGUUUAUUGGAAAUUCGGAGAAAGAAAGGCAAAUAUUAAGAUUAUCCGAGCGAACAUAUUCGUUGUGGGGUUAUUUGGCAAAUAAUAUGAAUGAGUAUAUAAACCCAAUUUAUAGAUGCAAUCGUUACAAUAACGAGGAUUCUGUUGAUGUCCUUCAACCCAAGUUGGCACCUCAAUCUAUUAUUCUUUGGAGGAGUUUGUACUUUAGAUUUGAAAACGGAAUACAUCCUAGAGAAACGUGCGAAGACUUAAUUCUGACGAUAUACGAUCACACCAGUUCUUUAGAAGACCAUGUAAAACUUCUGCUAAAACGAGUCAAUUCUUUGGGACAACUUUUAAAUAUAAAUAAAAAGGGAAAACAUAAAUUUGACAAUAAAUUCAUGAAAGAGUCUCUAUCAGAAACUAUAAUAGAAAAUACGAGCCACGAUGAAAAAAUGAAAACUAAAAUAAAAGCGAAUCAAUUGGAAAAUGAAUUGAAGACGGUCGCUUUAGAAUGGAAAUCGUCACGAAAUAUGGAAGAAUGUGGAUGUUCCACGACAUUUGAUGCCUUCAAUAAAAAACAUCAUUGUUGGUCCUGCGGUGAUGUACUAUGUACAAGAUGCAUGGCGGUACAUACUAAAUUACCAGGGCAUUUAUCGCAACGUGCCGUACCUACGUGUAAAUCGUGCUAUCAAAGCUCCGGCAUAUCUAUCACUAGUCCUUAAAUGCGCUUCAUUUAAUGCCGAUUAUAAUUCAUAUUUGUACGCACGCAUAUAUGUCAGCACGCAUAUAUUUCAGCAAAAUAAUGAAAAAAGCGUAACAUGUAUGAAAUAAUUGUAUUAUUCCAAUUUCAUGUAUUUAAUUUUUCAUAUUUCUUUGAAUUUUUAUUUUUCGCAUCAAUACAAACAACGUAGUACCUGAUUACAAUAUAUAUAUAUAUAUAUAUAUAUAUAUAUAUAUAUAUAUAUAUACACACUAUAAUGACUUAUUUCUAACUUAGAUCACUCGCGAGUAACACAUUAAAAUUCGUGAUUAUACUAAAUAAUUAAUAAUAAAUCAUUGUCAACUACUAUGGUACGGUCGAUAAAUGCCACUGUAUUUUAUGUCACUGACUUUAAAAGCUACUUCAUCAAUCAAUAUUUUUCACGUUAUGUAUUUUUAUAUUUAUUAGGAACAAUACUUACAUAUAUAGAAUAUUAAAAGAUCAUAAAAAAACACGAGCAAACUUUUGUACACACUUCUAUAAAUAAAUGCUUAUGUUUUCAUUGGAAAUUGGACUCUGCCAUAGUAGUUGAAAAAUACAGUAAUUAUUAAAUCGUGUUAAAUUGGUUUUACGUUACAUCGGGAUAAUUGCACAUAUUUUAUACUCACACAUGUUUCAUGUUUAUUAGCUUAUUUGCUAUUUCUUAAUAAUUUGUCCCAGUGUAACAUUAAAUAUACAAACAGAAUAAGAUACUAUUUUUAAUGCUAUGACAUUUCAUGUCACAGCUAAAAACACAUAAAUACUAUAUUAUUAAGGCAUUGUCCUUGAACGAAAAACAUUCCAAACAUUGCAAAUUUUUGAGUACAGAUACAUCAUACAUCACUCAUUACACAAAAACAUAUGUAUAAUCCGAAAACAGUUUUCUCAAAUAUACUAAUGAGACUUUA